AUGAUAGUUCAUCGGAAAUUGCAAGCCGGUUGUUUUUUCCCCUUCGGCUUCUCUUUCUGCUUCUCUGAAAUUUUCGUUUUUUUUUUUUCAUCCACUACAGAUUCCCCAAAUGCGUCUUUCGUUUUAUUCUCUCUCUCUCUCUCUCUCUCUUUUUUCUUUCUGUCAAGAAAAUCUACUUUACGUUUUAAUACAACGACCACAACAAAAGCCUUUUUUCUUAUUCCUUACUUAUUUUCGUUUACAUCUUCAAAGCAAAAUUACGUUACAAAAUUCGAUUCUGCUUUGCUUUCAGCAUUUUUUCCUUCUUUUCAUUUCGUUUUUUUUUUCAUUCAUUUCUUUUUCCCCGUUUUUCAAUUCUGUUUUCUUUUUCUCUUGCAUUUUCUUUUAUUUAAUUCUUUUUUGUUCAUUAUUUUCUUUCAUAACUUUUUUCAUCUUGUGUUUUGUUACUCAUUUUUCGGUUUUAUUUUUAUCUUUCUUUUUCUUCUUAUCUUCUUUAUUUUUAUGUUAUUUCUUUUUCAUUUCUUUUUCAUUGAUCUCCAUUCUGAUUUUUCCUUCAUUUCUUUGUCUGCUUUUUCAUAUUUUUUCAUUUUUUCUUUUCUAACAAUGUUUUAUUUUCUUUCUUUCUUUCUUUCUUUCUUUUUACUUCUUCACCCUUUUUUGUUCUUUGUUCAUCAUUUUGUUCUUUUUUUCUUUGGUGAAAAAAUUCAAAUCUUUCUUUUUUCUACUUCGUCUUUUAUUGUUUUUUGUACACGCAUUCAAAUCUUUCUUUCUCUCACCACUCUUUCUCUUUCUUUCAUUGUUUUUUGA